CUAAUCUUUCGUUGAGAGCGUUUUGAUAGGAAAACUGACAGUUGGGCCCAAUCCAACGUGGCUUUUUUUAAUCUGAUGUGGACUUGUCCUCUGCCUUGACUCCAGGUCCGGCUCCCCUACCCCCUUCUGUUUCACCUGCCCGUACUGCUUCGCGCCUACCUGCGCCGUCGGCGACCGAGAAGAGAAGCGAGGGGCGGCUCUCGGGACGAGGCGGGUCCAGGCGAAGGGGUGUAGGGAAGCUGGACGAGGCGAAGAGGGCGUCGUCGCGGACGCGGAGCUCGCGUGGCGAGCAGCAGUAUCCGCGAGACCUCGCGGUGGCGGUGGACAGCGCUAGGCACGGGGAGGCUACAGGGCGCCAAAAUUGACUCCGGAGAGAGGGAGAAGGAGGAGGCGCUCGCCGCGAGAAGAAUAGCGGGCUUGGGCGGAGCUCCACCCGACGACGGCGAGGUAGCGGUGGCUACGGCGGUCGACGGCGCGGGGUCUCUAUGGCUCAAAGGAGCUGCCAAGUGAAGAGGCGUGGGAUGCACAGAGCCGUGAGACAGUCUUCGCCGGCUUGGCGCGAAUCCUGGGAAGGCACCGGAGGACCGGCGCGGGUCGCGGCGGCGCUACUCGCCGGAGGCGGAGAAGAUGGCCGCGCAGGGGUGCGGGUUGUCGCGUCGGGGUCGUAGUGGCGCGUGCAGGUACGUCCCAGCUAUGAAAUCAAUCGCCAUAGUGCUCUGGGUAACGCUCAGUACUACUCGUAUCGAUCGUCGGCUUCCGUUCCGCCGUGAGCCUCAAAUCCUCUCCCCGCUCGGCCUCCCUGCAAGGCGCGCCGUCCUGUAACGGAUUCUUGCUUGCGUGCUUCUUGCCGGAAAAGGGCCGGAGAGCAGCUUGCGGCAACCACAGCUAGCCGGAGAUAGGGAAGACGAGCGUGCGGGCGGCUCUAGGACGCGGGGACGUCGGGCGGUGGUGCGGUCGGCACUGCUACGUCGAGGCAGAGCUUUUGGGAGCGGCGGCGAGUCGCCGGAGGCGCAGAAACAUGGACAGGCGGCGGCAGCGCAGAAACAGAGGCAUGCUUGUCUUCACGGCCGAGGGAGAAUGUUGACACGUGGGUCACAUUGUCAGUUUUCUGGUGAAAACGCGAUCAACCGUGAGAUUAUUGGUCGGAGCAACCAACAGCGCCAUAUGCGGUGGUGAUUUGAAUUAAUAUUUUUUAAAAGGUGGUUUUUUUGGAAGGUUGCCCCCAAUCAUGAUGGUUUUUCGUAAUUUUUUCAAUCUAGUAUCUAAUAUGCUAGAUGAUGUACAGCUCGAGAAGAGCACCGUUCCCACUGAAUUCUCCAUCCGAUAAUCUUUAAUGUUUGUUGUCUGAUAUUUGUAGAAAGUUUUGUUUUCAAUGUUUUUCUAAACUUAUAUUUACUCUGUUAAAAAAUAAUAUAAGGUGUGUCUUUUGAUCAACAAUUAGUAUUUCCUCCGAUCCGUAUUAAUUGCCUCAAAUUUGUUUAAAUAUGGAUGUAUCUAUGUUUAAAAAAUGUGUAAAUACAUAUAGUAUUUCGACAAUUAAUAUAGAUUGGAGGGAGUAGUAGCUUUUGUGAAUUGAAAUUGAAAUCCUUGUUUGUAUUCAAAAUUCUUUACUUAUGUUAUCAUUUGUAUCACAUAUACAAAUUUUUCAUAAGGUGUUCUUUUAAAUUUUUCUUUAAUUUUUUUUCAUCUACUGCUAAACUCAUCGACAAAAAAAUCAUUUAUUUUGUUGGAAUCAUAGAAAGUGUGUCACGGAUUCUAUGUAUUCUCGCUUUCUGAGUGUUCAUCAUAUUAUUGCAAUUCUAUGUAUUCUCGCUUUCUACCGAUUCUUUUGAAUUGUAUUUUAAAGAAAAGAACUAACCAUUUAUGCUGUGGAAUCAAAUAAACAUUUUCAUGAAUUUACCUCAUUUCCCGCUAGGAUCGUAAAUCCUGUAUUUUCACAUAUGAUCGAGUAGUUAGGUUUCCGAAGUAGUGUGAUGGAAAAAGAAGUGCUUCUAAUCAUUGCUAUUUGACUCGGACCUGUUUUGAAAAUGCCGAGGUAUUUCGAAUUGUUUGUUGACAAAAUGAAAGUAAGGAAAAACCUUUGAAAGAAUUUCCAUAUUGACCUUUGACAUAUAAGAGUUCCGAAUCGAAUCUUUUUAGAUAGAGGAUCAUUUGUCUCUGAGGGGGUAAGAUUUAAGUGGACAUGAUAUUAUAAUUAAGUGUUUCUCAUGCAGGUAGGACUAGGAGAUACAAUAUAUAAUAGGAUUGUGUUGCUUGGUUUAAACUUUUGCUUUUGUCAAGCGUGCAUAAGUUUGCUUAAGGAUUUGAAAAACCACACGAUAAGUCGAUUUUCUAAUUCUACCUGUUUCUCAGCAGCAAAACUUGAGUCAUGCCACCAGCGAUAAUCCAUAGUCGUAUUUUUUUUUUCUCAAUGCUUUGUGCCACAACACAAAGUGAUGAAGUCUUAAGAAUGAUGGAUCCCGCCACCAAUUUAGUCUUUUUAAGGAGUUAAGGACUUCAUCCAGUACAUGAUCGGAUCGCAUGCCCAUGUCCUUCCUCACAAAGGUUUUCACUUUUGUUUCCUUUCCAUCCAGGACCAGGAGUAGCAAAGCCACGAAAAAAGCAGGAGAAGAUCACGCUGAAAUGUAACUCUUAGCAAAGACUUCUUUUAAGCAUAUUUCGGGUACAGAACUGGCGGAGGCUAUGGCAACACGGCUAGCGUUGACUAGUCACUUCAAGCAGACUACUCUCGUACUCAUAACUGCUCCUCACAAUCAUUUUAACAAACAUCUUAUGUGCAUAUAACAAAUCUGAAUGAGUAUAUCAAAUCUGUAAACACCGAGUUCUCAAAUCUACACACAAGAUUAACAACUACAAAAAUAGCUUACUAACAUCAAUACCAUAAUAGAUUCAUCCAUAUAUCAAAAAACACAAGUAUGUCUUGCUUCAAGUGUCAACUCAACCAAAUACUCCCUCCGUCCCAUAUUAAGUGAUGAAAUAUUACAUGUGUCUAGAUGCUUUUUAUGUAUACAUAUAUCCGUAUUUGAACCAAUUUGAGUCACUUAAUAUGGAACGGAGGGAGCAGCAGCAAACUUGAGUGGUAAGUGCCAAUAGCAAGUAGAAAUGAUGACCAGUCACAAAAAUAGUAAGGGAAACACCAAAUAAAGGGGCGACAUAAGGAUUUACGUGGAAACCUCUUGCGGGGAAAAACCACGGGCGGCAGCGAGCACGGACUUCACUAUGGAGAUGAAGAGUACAACGUGUAAGCCAACAAAGAUGGGGAGGGUCCAAAUCCGCAACAAUCCCUCACAAAUUUAGGUGGAUUUGGUAGAUCAAAUGCCUCUCCUCUCACCUAACCCUAGAUGGCUACCACAUGUACAAGCAUUGCUUUACAUGAUUAACAAGCCAAAAUGGCUCUCAAAUGGUGAAAUUAGGAGUUGCACAUCACAUUAUCCUCGCAACAGAUUGUCUAAAACUUGUCGAAAAGGUAAAUCGUUCUUGAAGGGAUCGAUGAUUUAGCGGCUAUUUUUUAUCUCUUUCAAAUGUUGUCAUACCAAUUUUUUGUAGUCAUAAGCUGUCAGAAAUUCAAUACAAAAUUGUACAUCUCCUGCACUUACUAUGGAUCGGAGGAAGUACUUGACCGGGGGUUAUCAAUUAAGAAAACGUCGUUCUUUACCUUUUUUUUUUCUUGCCAAAUCAAGACUUCCAAAUGUCCCAAUAAAUAUUCAUGGGAUGGUGCUCUGAUCAUGGAGAGAUCGCAACUUGCUCUUAUGAACACGUCCGUUACUCCCAACACGUCCACCAACGAGAUUUGGCAUCACCUAUGAUCAUGAGAAACUGAAACAUGCCCAAAUGAUCCCUGAGCUUCGAAGAGACGCUGACAAAGGUUCUCAGGCUCAGCUGAACAUGAAAACAUGCAAGCAACGAAGAGAAACAGAAAGGCCAUCAUCAGCAGGUCAUGUACUCAUGUCCAGAGCAAGAACACGCCCCCCUGCACGACACCACGACGCGUCCCGGCUUUCCGGUGCCGGCUUCAAAUUACGUGGUGGUCCGCACGUUCUCCCCACCCUUGUUUUGGAGCUCGCGAUCCCCCCGUGCGCCAAACUUAGCCAUCGCUUCUCCCUCUCCUACCCUCUCCUUCCUCCCAUCUCCCAUCCACGGGAAGGCCUUUGGAUCUCUCUCCAAGGCCUUCUGCCCGAUCAAUCGGACCGGAUCACCUCCACCGUCUAUCGUCUCUGUCGAUCUCGAUCCCCCCACAAUCCCUCAUUCUCUCCUAAUUGAUUGCCACGCAAGAGCAAUCGCGCCUCGAUCCGAUCCGCCGUGCACCGUUUGAUCGGUUCCACCUGAUCGACCACAGAGGGGGCAAGCCGGCCGGCGCGGGUCCCGAUCGGGCGCGCGCGCGCGUGAGUGAGUACGGUGCGGUCGAAGGAGGUAAAAAUUAAUGGCGUUCCAUGAGGUCGAGGUGCCACGACGGUGCUGCUGAUCGGUCGUCGGCGCUCGAUGAUCGUCGGCACGCGGUGACGGCGUCGGCGGCUCCUCAGUGGUCGGCGUCCCUGCUGCGUGUACCUUGGUGUUCUCCUCUUCCUUCUUCUUCCCAGCGGUUGUCGUUUUCGUCGCGAUCGCAGCGAGUCCGUCGGGCGCAGGCGCGGGGGGCAAGAUGAGCUGCCUUCCGUGUUUCGGGAAGAAGAAGAACGCGAACGGCGAUGACGACGAGGAGGAGGAGGAGGAGGAGGAGACGACGGGGCCCAUGGCGCCGCCUCCCGCCGUGCACGCCCCCGCGCCCUACGCCCCGGCGCCCGCCUCCAUGUUCUCGGCCGCUCCGGCGGCCAUGAACCCGACGAAGCUGCCCGAGGGCGACACAGCCGGCAUGUCGGAGGACGAGCUGCGGCAGGCCAUCGAGGGCAAGGCGUUCGCGUUCCGCGAGCUCGCCAAGGCCACCGACCACUUCACGCCCUACAACCUCGUCGGGGAAGGCGGCUUCUUCAGGGUCUACAAGGGCCAGCUCGAAAAGGACGGACAGGCCGUGGCCAUCAAGCAGCUGGACAAGCACGGCUUCCAGGGCAACAAGGAGUUCCUGACCGAGGUCGCCAAGCUCUGCAAGCACCACCACGAGAACCUCGUCGACAUCAUUGGCUACUGCGCCGACGGCGACCAGCGCCUCCUCGUCUACGAGCACAUGGACGGCGGCUCCUUGGAAGACCACUUGUUCGACCUGCCGGCGGACAAGAAGCCGAUCGACUGGACGACGCGGAUGAUGGUGGCCUACGGCGCGGCGCAGGGGCUCGAGUACCUGCACGAGAAGGCCAACCCGCCGGUGGUGUACGGGGACUUCAAGGCCUCCAACGUGCUCCUGGAUGCCAGCUUCACGCCCAAGCUCUCCGAUUUCGGGCUCGCCCAGCUCGGGCAGACCGGGGGCGGCAACAUGCCGAUGGCGGCCCCGAUGAUGGGCUCCUUCGGGUGCCUGGCUCCCGAGUACGACCGCGGCGGCCAGGCCACCAUGAAGUCCGACGUGUACAGCUUUGGCGUCGUGCUGCUGCAGCUCAUCUCUGGGAGGAGGACCGUCGACGGCAACAGGCCUGCCGAUGAGCAGAACGUGGUCUCCUGGGCAUUGCCGAAGUUCAAGGACCAGAAGAGAUAUCAUGAGCUGGUCGAUCCACUCAUCAACAAGGAGUACCCGGCCAAGGCGUUGAACCAAGUGGUUGCCAUGGCAGCGAUGUGCUUGCAAGAAGAGGACUGCGUGCGGCCAAUGAUGGGCGAUGUCGUCAUGACGCUAGGCUUCCUCACAUCGCUGCCACCGGAUCCACCGAGCGUCAGCAUCCCAGAUCCCUCCCCAGCCCCAGCACCAAAGAAAGAGGAAGAAUCACGUCGCUCUCGAAGUUCAUCAUCGUCUUCGGAUGACGACGAUGACCAGGAAGAGGAGGAGGAAGACGAGGAAGAGUAGGAGAAUCAAGGAUAAUUGUUUCGGGGAUCGGUUUUGUGGAAACGUUAAUAAUAUGCUUCAGAGUUAUAAUGUCAAAAACCAUACAUACCAUGUGGUUUGUUUGAUGUGUCUGAUGUGUAAGUAGUUUAAACAUGAAUGAAUUUUGGAGGUUUUCUAGGAGGCUGUGGCGAUUAAAGUUGGGACGGAGCUAAAACGAUGAAGGCGUGAGAUGUUAAAACUAUCACAACUGCUAAUGUGGAAUCGUCUAGAAAACAUAUUUGUUCCCUCUGUUUGGGUGUUGGAAUUGAGCUAGGUAUUGCGGAAAUGAAAUUGUGCCUCACCGAUUUUCCAGA